ACUGUCAUUGGAGUUGAGAGUGACGAUGAGAAGCAAGAAAGCGAAGAAACCCAAACUGGAGGAGAAAGUGUCUCAAUCGCACAUUGAGAUUGUGAACAUUGAAGACGAUGAGCUUUGCUUCACACCAAAACGCUCUAGCAAGUUCAAUUCUAUCUCAGUCGAUGAGAACAGAAACCUUCAAUCAAUCAAGGAAUCUAUUAAGGCCUCUCUUCUUAAGUCCACAGGUAAUUUCAUCGACCUUUCUGAUGAAACUCAUUCGGAAGAUGACGAAGAGCUUAGAGUUCGUAGGUUUCAACCCCCAAACACUACAUUCGGAAAGCGAAAGGAACCCUUUAGUAGUCCUUCUGUAACCGAAGUUGGGGAAUCUUCUAAUUCCAAUUCCAAAAAAGACCCAUCAUUUUUAUGUGAAAUUUGCGCCGAGCCCAAGUCUAGGAGUGAGUCAUUUGGCAUAAAAGACUGUAGUCAUUCAUAUUGUACUGAGUGCAUGAUCAAAUACGUGGCAUCCAAGCUUCAAGAAAAUGUUACAUUCAUUAAGUGCCCUGUUCCUGAUUGCAAAGGGUUACUGGAGCCGGAGUAUUGCCGUCAGAUUCUGCCCCCUGAGGUGUUUGAGAGGUGGGGAAGUGCAUUGUGUGAGGCGGUGAUUCUCGGGUCUGAGAAGUUUUACUGCCCCUUUAAGGAUUGCUCCGGAAUGUUGAUUGAUGAUGGAAAAGAGGUUGUACGGGAAUCGGAGUGCCCUAAUUGUUGGAGAAUGUUCUGUGCGCAAUGUAAGGUUCCUUGGCAUGCUGGGAUUGACUGCGCAGAGUUUCAGAAGUUGAAUAAGGAUGAGAGGGAAAAAGAAGAUAUUAUGUUGAGAAAACUUGCACAGAACAAAGAGUGGAAGAGAUGUCCCAAGUGUAGGUUCUAUGUGGAAAAAUCAGAAGGCUGCAUGUUCAUGAAGUGUAGGUGCCAAACUACUUUCUGCUACAGAUGCGAACACGUUUUAAAGAGAAACCAUAACCACUAUUGUCCCAAUUGUAAAGGGCGCUGACAUUUUCUGCAAUGCUGGUUGGAAACACUUAGAAGUUGUGAUGCAUGAGGAAUUACAGUGAAAAAAUAAUUUUGAGUUCAACACAUCUCAAUUAAUAGCAGGCAUUUGCUGAUGAAUGUAAUUACAUAUAGUGGUAAACUUGACGGGUUAACUUUCCUUUUCUUCAUAUUAGAAUGGUUUCUGUCCAAAACAAAAGUACUAGAAUGUUCCUCAUAGUUUAAUCGGCUACAAAAGUCACAAUGCGAUCUCACUGAUGAGGAAAGAGACCUGCUAUAUUCGAUCAGGGCUUGUCUGCCAAAAUCUGCUUCAUCUUCUACCACGUAUUGCAGGCAUCGUGAUCGA